UCUUCGAAACUUUUUUUCCUCUCUCUCUCCCACGAAAGAGUUGUGGAGAAGCUCCGUUAGAUUUUUUAGAGGAAGGGAAUCCGACCACAAGACUUGGGAGGAAAAGACGCAGGGGGGCCACGGCUGCGUCAACUCGGUUGACCCCUUCUUCUCGCCUUUGUCUCCUCACAUGAGAAGCGCCGUGGAGAACAGGACGCGCGUUCCGUCCCGGGCUGAGUGGACUUACACCAUCAGGGGCGAUGAGAUGUGACUGAGCUAUGCCUUGUGGAAAUGGACAGACUCUAUCCAAGCGAAAACAUGGCGUCUGCGCACCGCGGCUCCGCUUCUUCUCCAGCCUGCUCGUGGCGCUCUGCUGCCUGGAGGCGUGGGGCUCCGGGCCGCGGGCCGACGGCGGCCGGGGCUGCGGCGGCUCCUGUCCCGCAAACUGCAGCUGCGCGCUGGCGGGCCACCAGCCGUCCUGCGUCGUCAACUGCUCCAACACGGGGCUGGAGAGGGCCCCAGCGGCGGCGGACGUCCCGCCGGCCACCAGCGUGCUAGAUCUUUCCAAGAACCACAUCUCCUCCCUCGACACCAGCCUGCUAGAUCGUCUCACCGGCCUCCGAGAGCUGUAUCUUCAAGGGAAUAGGAUCAAUGUUCUCCCCAGAGGGAUAUUCUGCUGCGGGCCACUGUCAGUCGUCGACUUGAGCAACAACCAAAUCACCACCAUCGAAGAGAGAAUAUGCGACAACCUAUGCAAUUUAACUCAAAUUGACCUGAGCAGCAACCCCUUCGACUGUGACUGCAAGCUGUUCCGGCUGGUCAGCUGGCUCCAGGAGAAAGGGGUGCGAGUUCGGCGUCCGGACGCCAUGCUCUGCAACCACCCCCCUGAACUCCGCCACCAACCUUUGCUCAAUGUCAGCCUGCUCACCUGUGGUCUCAACUAUGCAGCCUGUCUCGAGGAUAGCAGCAGUGUGGGAGGGGGCCGGAGUGAGCUUGUCAUCUUCUCUUCAUCCACACCUGGAAACUUCACACGGGAACAGUGCAACAGCGUGUGUUUUGCGGCAUCUCACCGCUACGGGGGCUUGGGGGCAAGGCACGAGUGUCUCUGCAGCACAAACUCUGAGCCCAACUUCAUCAGUGAAUCUCAGUGUUCGGCCGCCUGUACAAAGCCCCAUGUCAUGAAGGAAUGUGGAUGGACUCUUGCUCAUGAUGUGUUCGCGGUGGACUUCUCGAUAUCGCUGAAGUCGCUGCCGCUGCAAAGUGUUCACGACCCCGUCACGUUGGCCGCCACCUCCUCUGUCAGUCCGGUGACGCUGUCCUGGGACUUUGGUGACCUUUCAUCUCGGGUCAACGCAACAGGAGCAGGCCUGACCACGGCAGCUCACAAAUAUGGACUUCCGGGACAUUAUGCAGUCAGCGUGUUGGCCUGGGCUGGACACAAGGAGGUCUCUGCGCGUGGAGAAGUGACAGUGACGGUUCCUCCCAAACUGGAGCUGCGUUGUCCAACUCUUGCUGUGGCCAAUAAGAGCCUGGAGUUCACGCUUGUCAGCUGGGGAGCUGUUGGCGUGGAUGUAGACUGGAAGAUCACAAAGGAUGGUGUCCAAGUUGCCAAAGCCUUCCCACCCUGUCCAAAAGAUGGGAUGUACCACGGCGAGUCCUCGCGCUGUUUCCAGAUAGUUCCGGGGGAGUUGAGCUGGACCGAUGCUCGAAAACAGUGUUCCGACCGCGGCGGGGAUCUGGCAAUAGUCAGGACCGAUGCACUGCGUAACCUGCUGGCACCCAAAGUCACACAGGAACGAGGUGUGUGGCUGGGCUUGAGUGACGUUAACUCUCCAGGAAAGCUGCCCCGCUCCCCGAUCGCCCGUGGAAACGUGUGCGUGUCCCUCGAUCAACGUGGUCAGACCAGUUCACAUCCAUGCAAUGCCAAACGUGCCUACGUCUGCCAGUACAGGCCUCAAGUGCGUGUUCCAGAUGCAGGGAUCUACCUAGCGGGGCUGCCUGUGUUUGCCUCCCAUAAUCCUUUGCAUCGUGCCCCCUCCUCUCCGCUCUCUGCUCCACAACCACCCAGCAGUGGCAUAGAGGUGCUGCUGUUUCCAGCUCUUAGCUUCGUUCAGGGAGGUCGUCUAUCCUCACUUGAGUUUGUCACUCAGGAACUGAGCUCACAAACCCACGUUCGAUUCCAGACCUACAGGCCUCACUGUCACUACCCAGACCUGCACCUGCUGCUACCCAGUUGUGGAGGUCCAGCGUGUGCUCCAGUGGCUGUUUGUGUCCCAAAUGACACUCGGACUAGUGAUCCAACCUCUUGCCCCCGACUGAAGCAGUGGUGUCCCUUCAUGCACCGCUGCCUGGCUCUGUCCAGUCCCUGCCAGCCAUCCUCCUGUCCCAACUGCACCCAGACACACCGCCUGCCUCCUGGGGCGCUGAGGCCACGUUACACCCUGCAAAAUGAGGUGGUCUUCACUCUACCGGCAGGACCAGCUGCACAUGUCGUGGUACAAGAAGGCCUGGAGGACCUCCUGGUUUCCCGCGGUGAUGUUAUCGCCCUGCAGCACGACGCUGGCCCCGCGUCCUUACUGCGCUGCCAGUCCUCCCCACACUCACUGUGGCGACAACCUGUUUUAGCCCUCAACCAGUCAGAGUGGUUCUGGCUCAACAACACCGGACAGUCAACAGACAGAGCGACUGACGCCGACCCUCUGCCUGACCCGGAGCUCGACGUGGAGGUGCUGGUAGAGGAUGGCGAGGGAGGAUGGCUGGAGGACGUGGUCUGCCCCGUCAGAGUGCUCUAUGUGGGACACAGUGAGACCCAGCUGCAGGGAGGACAGUUGUCUGCUGGUUUACCUCAGCCCGGACUCUACAGCCUGCUGGUGACCUCUGCUGAGCCGUCAUACCCAGCCUCGGCAUCAUGCCCGUUGCGGGUGGUGCCCCCUCUGGGCUUGACGAUCCUUCACCCCCUUCCCCAGAAUGGCACCAUCUACCUGCAGCCCAACGACACCCGCCUGCUGCUCCGUGUCCAGUCUCGCUAUGUAACACAGGCAUAUCAGCGAGACGGUAAUCGCAGCGUCACCUUCCAGCCAGAAUGUCCAUCUGAGUUCUCGUCCGGCCCGUCGCUCUGUCUGCCCGGGCCGAGCUCGGGGACCGGGUCCAAGGUCACUGAGCCCAGCUUGUACGCAGUACUGGAUCUGAACCUGGGAGUGGAGGAGAAGACGGGCCCAAUGCAGGUCGAUCUGGAGGCCCACAACAACGUGACAGAGGCCAGCCUGAUUGUUGUUGUCCACCUGGAGGAGCCCCUCAGAGGACUGGUGGUGCAGCCACACCCUGCACACAGAGUUCUGAUGGAGUCAGUUGUGAGCUACACAGCGUCUGUGCGUGAAGGCUCCAGUCCCACAUUUAAGUGGACAGUGGAUGACAAACCCUACUUCACCUAUUACAACACUGUUCUCAAUGUCAUCUACCAGCACGCUGCUGUCUACAAGCUCACAGUGACGGCCAUGAAUCAUGUCAGCGCCCUCACAGAGCAUUUCAACGUGACAGUGGACCGCCUGCAGCCCAUGGCCGACCUCACUGUGAGGGGUGUGCCAGAUGUGGUCCCACAGGGCUCCACUCAGACCCUCACCACUUCGGUGCUCAUCGACACGUCUGUGGCCGCCACCUUCCGAUGGUCUUUUGGUGACGGGGGAUACAAGGAGUUUGAAUACAAGCCUCCCUAUGACCCCACUCUCCUCUGCCCAGACUCGCCCAAUCAGGUCCUCCUAAGCAACAAUGUCACCUAUAUCUACUCUCAGCCAGGGAUAUACACUGCACUGGUGUCAGUGUCCAAUCGUUAUGACAACAUCAGUCAGAGUAUCAACAUGAGUGUCUACAGCAUCCUGACUCGUGUUGAUAUACAAACAGAGCCACGUCUCCUCCUCGCUGGCAAAUCAGCUGAUUUUGAGGCUCAUCCUCUGCCAUCACCCUAUGGAAUUCACUAUGACUGGCACUUUGGAGAUGGUUCCACCCCGCUGCAAGGUCGCCGCGUGGCGCACACCUAUGCACAGAGUGGCACCGUAAAUGUCUGUGUGUCAGUGAACAACACCAUCAGUUCCAUGGAGGCUUGUGCUGAGAUGUUUGUACAUGAGAGGAUUGAGGAUCUAAGAGCUGAAAGCUCAUCUCCCACCGAGCUUCACAGUCCCACUACUGUGCGGGCGCACCUUGCUUCGGGUAAUAACAUCACAUGGACGUUCUCCAUGGGCGAUGGAACUAUCUAUUCUACAUCUGAGCCUCACGUGACACACAGCUACAUCGAAGAUGGCAACUACACAGUAAACGUGACUGCUGCGAACGCCGUGAGCUUUGUUUGGACAAUCCUACCAGUGCAGGUGUUUGUCUUCCAAGUUAUAAGGAUGGAGCCAUUUGGGUGUGUCCAAGAGCAGACGCCUGUCAACUUUCAAGCCUGGGUUUCCGGUAACGAAUCAGCUCAUCUUUAUGAAUGGUGCUUCGGGGAUGGAAGCUCCAAUGAGACGCACCACGGCAACCCCAGAGUGUCACACACCUACUUGACAAGUGGGAACUACCACCUCUCCCUGCUUCUUUCCAGCAGGGUUAACAGUGCCACCAAGGCCAACUUCUUCAACUGGGUGUGUGUGCAGCCAGCUCUGACCAACAUUAGCCUCACCCUUGUGAAACUGCACUACGCAGUCGGAGAAGAGAUCCUGUUCCAGGUCAAAGCUGAGCCGGAGUUUAACUACAGUUAUCAGUGGGACUUUGGUCGAGAGGAAGACCUUGUGCCUGGCCACGGUUCUGGGAAUAUUUUGACGAUGUAUAAAAACCCAGGUCACUACAUGGUGACAGUCAUUGUCUUCAACAACAUCUCCUGCAGUAAUACCAGUGUUGUGAUUGAGGUUCUGAUGCCUGUAGGACCAAUUGUAAUUCAACACAAUGGGACCAAGUACAACAACCUUACGCUUAAAGCAGCAUAUGCUUUCACAACUUCUUCCUUGGCAUCCAAUGUCAGUUACACCUGGAACUUUGGAGAUGGAAAUCUGUUUACUGGUCAGAAUACCCACCACACCUACAAUAUCUCAGGAAUCUACAAUGUCACUCUGACAGCAGCCAACACAGUUAGCAGGAAUCACACUACUUUACCUGUUGCUGUGCUGGCACCAAUCCGUGGGUUGACCGUCAACGCCAGCUUGGUUAAUGUCCCCCUCAAUGCCUCGGUUCACUUCGAGGCCCAAAUGGAGGAAGGAGAUGGUGUCAGGUUCUCUUGGAUCUUGUGUGAUCGCUGUACCUCAAUACCAGGGACCCACACCAUGUUUUAUACCUUCCGCUCUGUUGGCACUUUCAACAUCAUUGUUACGGCAGAAAAUGACGUAGGAACGGCACAAGCGAGUAUCUUCCUGUUUGUACAACGUGAGCUGGAGGGACUGCAGAUAUUAGCGGAGGAGGAGAUCUGCGGAGGCACAAGAGUGGACGGUUGCUGCUUUGCUACAAACCGCGUUCUCCACCUUCAAGCAGGAUUAAAGGAAGGAACCAACAUGACAUUUACUUGGAACCUCCUCAGAGAGCUUGACCCAGUCGGCUCGAGCUUCAACGUAAGCGGAAAGACUGUGGAGGUGAAUUUCUCUACACCAGGUCCAUGUGAAAUCUUUCUUCGGGCUGCCAACCUCCUGGGCCAGCUGUCUGUCAAUAGAACAAUACACUUCUUGGAACCAGCCCGAGGGGUCUUCCUGCAAAUCAGCAACAACCCAGUUGCAGUCGAUUCUCCGACUAACCUGACAGUCCUGACUAUGGAGGGCUCAGACCUGCAGUAUCACUGGUCUGUGAAUGGGGACACUCUGCCGUGGAACAAGCCCUGGAAGACCCACACCUUCAUCAGUCCCGGUCAAAAACUAGUUACUGUGAAGGUCUUUAAUGAAGUUAGCUCAGAGGUUGUGUCACAGAAUGUCAGUGUCCAGGAGAUCAUUUCUGGACUAAGAUUCACAGCUACCAAUGUGGAAGAGCAGAGUUAUGUGGCAACGGGCGUCAGCGUCACACUCCAGGGAGAGGUACUGACAGGAACCGAUGUGACGUGGACGUGGCUGUUAGAUGGGAGAACAGACACGGGAAGGAGAACUUCUCUGAUUUUCCAGGAGCCAAAGACAGCCAUUGUUACUCUGAACGCCACCAACGAUGUCAGUGGGCAAGUGGUUUCCAGGGAGUUCUUUGCUCAAGACAAAAUUCAGGGGUUGGAGCUGAGGGCAAGUACAAAGAUUGCUGCAGUCGGUGAGAAAGUGGAGUUCACCAUUUCCAUGGCAGGGGGUUCAGACGUUUGUCUGAUCCUCAGCAUCAGUGGAGACGCCACUGUUAUCACUCAACCCAACCACACCUAUGUCCACGUGUUCAGCAGGGUGGAUACCUACAUGGUGAAUCUCACUGCUCACAACAAGGUGAGCUCCAAGAGGCGGCAACUCCAGGUCGAGGUGAUGGAGCCAGUGCGUGAACUUUCCAUCCUGGGAAGCAGCGCAGCAAUCCCUGUCGGUGUGAAGAGGUUGUUUGUGGCCAACAUCCUGACGGGUAAACCUGUUCAUUUCCUGUGGACUUUUGAUUUACACCACCUCCACCGGAAAUCACAUAUUGGCAAAGAGGUGUCCUACACCCCGGAAGAGGCAGGAUUAUUGACCAUCUACGUGAAGGUCUUCAACGCGCUGCAUGCCCAGAACAUCACCAAGCACAUCCUAGUGCAGAACCUGCUCACGGCUGCCAUCCUGUAUGCAGCACCUCAGGACACGUUCAUCAAUAAGAUGAUAACCCUCAUGGCCUCUAUCACACCCAGGUCGAAUUCUGUGGAGUGUUUGUGGGACUUUGGUGAUGGUUCUACUCCAGUUCACACCAAUAAAACAUCUGUGGGUUAUGAGUACAGACACCCAGGACACUACCUGGUCCAAGUGAACUGCAGUAACCUGGUGAGCUGGGUGUUGGCCCAGGUGGAAGUAGACAUCAGUGUGUUAGAGUGUGAGGAACCAGAGGUGCAGGUGCUUCAAGCCCCCCGUCUGGCCAUCUGGCGCUCCCAGCCCACUUUGGUGGAGGCCGGCGUUGAUCUGAAAGGCUGCAUACGCUACGGAGCUCAGUACCUCUGGCAGAUACUCUCGACACCCUCCUGUGAUAGUGACAAAGAUGACCGGAUUACCUCUGGAGCGGUGUCGCAGCCCUCUCGGUCUUUGCUGGUCCCAGUGAUGCGUCUGCCAGUGGAGGUGGAUGUGCGGCGACUGCAGCUCUCAUUGCCCAAGAUGGCUCUGGCGACAGGAAACUACAGCCUGGUGUUUUCUCUGUCAUACGAAGGUGUGCCUCUCAGGAAGGCUGCCUGUCUGCAGCUGAGUGUCAUGGCUGCCAGGCUGAUGCCCAUCAUAGAGGGGGGCACCUACAGGGUGUGGUCGAGGACGCAGGACCUGCAGCUCAGUGCGGAGCAGUCCUAUGACCCCAACUUGGAUCCACACAGCCAGUCACUACUCCACUACCACUGGGACUGUCAAAGCACCUCCAAGGGUCCAGAGCACUGCUCCAGUUUGAACUUCGGCCUGGGCUCCAGUGGUCCAGUGCUGGGAAUCUCUGGCUCCGAGCUGGAGGCGGGCGUUGAAUACACUUUCAAACUGACCAUCAGCAAAGAAGGCAUGCCACCAGAGUCCACCACACAGACUGUGUUCGUCCAGAGUGGUCACAUCCCCAUGGUGUAUCUGGAGUGUGUGUCCUGUAAGGCCCAGUCCAUCUAUGAGGUCAGCCAGAACUCGUAUGUCUACCUCAGAGGGACCUGCACCAACUGCCAGGGCUUUCACCGUGGGCGCUGGAGUGCCAUGACACUGAAGAAUGAGGCUCUGGUGCUGGACUCCUCCUCCACCACCACUGGAAGCGACGGCAUGAACCUGGUGCUGCGGCAGGGUGUCUUGCGCCACAUAGACUCCUACAUCUUCACCCUGCACGUGACCGACAGCAGUCUGGAUGGCGAGGGCGUCGCCUCCAUCACGCUGCACCACAAUACGGCCCCGGCCGGUGGGGAGUGUCAUCUGAGAGGUGGAGGGCAAGCGGGAGUGGAGUACGGGGACGGAGAUGGUGAAGCUUGGAGGCUACGCACACUGCUGGACCGGGUACACUUCAACUGCUCAGGUUACAGUGAUCGAGGGGUCUCAGAGUCUCCCUUGCUCUACAGUCUGCUGGUGACGCGCUGCAGAGAAGACUACUGCGAGGACUUCUGUGUGUACAAAGGCAGCAGUCCAGAGCACUCGGCCUUCCUGCCACCAGGCUUCAGAUCAGCCCGACAUCGUGUAGCAGUGUCCAUCACAGUGGAGGACCAUCAGGGAGCUGCCAUCACGGCACUCGACAAGACCGUUGAAGUUGUGCUGCCAGACCCUCCCUCUGGCUAUAGCAGCCUUCCCCACUGGCUGUCUCAGCUGACGGACAGCAAACUGAAAAAGCUGCUGGAGCAGGGAGACUCCCAGAGGGUCAGAGAGCUAUCACUGGCCCUUAUUACAGUCCUAAAUGAGUAUGAGCAGACCAGGGAAUCAGCACGGGUGUCCCGAGAGGAGCGUGGUUACCGAGUCCGAGUCCGCAGCAACAUCACCAGAGCUCUGACGGCGCUGGAUCUGACCACUGUUAACGACAUCCAGCAGACUUCUGCUGCCCUGGCACAGUGCACGGCGGUGAGCCGUGAGUUCAUCUGCGAGGAGUGUCAGAACAGCACUCUGAACAAGCUGGAGUCCAUGCUGGAGAUUUUGCAGACUGACACCAAGCAAGGCACCGUGACUCCGACUGAGAUAGCUGACAACAUCCUGAACAUCAUGGGCGAUCUGAUCCAUCAGGUCAGCCAGUCAGCCUCCCAGUCUUAUUUCCAGUCUGCCUAUGUGGACUCCCCCUCACCUGCCAACAACUCCUUUUCCUCCUCUGGGGAGGAGCAUGGAGGCGCCCUGUUAGACCCCUCGCCCUCCUCAUUAGAGCCACAUCCUCUGCGUGUGGCGGCGAAGGCGUACAGCCUGUCCUCCGUCCUCAUGCUGAUCCUCAUGCAUGCCCGGGUGCUCAACGAGGAGCCGCUGGUGCUGAGGGGAGCCGAGAUUGCCGCCACAGGAAAACUGGCAGACCCCCAGAGCUUGCUCUGCUACCAUGGCAACAACAGUCCAGAGUGCCAGCGGUUCUCCAUCCCACGAGCUUUCAACCACAGUCUCGGCAGAGCUGCUGCAGGAAACAGUAUCAUGCAGCUACUGUUUCAGGUGGAGUCCAACCCCUUCCCCUUCAAUUAUGUGGCGAACUACACCGUCUCUACUGAGGUGGCAUCCAUGGAGUUCCGCACUGAAAAUGGCACCCAGAUCCCAAUCUCGGGACUGGACGACAACCUAGCCAUCACCGUUGCCAUCAACAACGGCAGCAAUGGAGAAGUGGGCGUGGAGGGUUCAGGUGGCGGAGGGCUGCCCACUGCUGGAGCCAUUAACAUCAGUCACUGUGACUCUGUCGUCGUCAGGGUCAGCACGGGCAACACAAACAGACAGGCGGGGCUGUUUGUGCAGCUCAACUUCACCUCUCUGGAGGAUGCCAGAGAGAAGGAUAACAGAGUAGAGGAUGAAGUGGAGCCACACAUCACAGCUUACCUUAAUUCCCAUGAAGGGCCAAGCGAGUUCAAUUGCACAGACAGAAAGCGUAUCACACUCAGUAUGACCAGGGGGCAAGACCUGGACCACAAGAAAUACACCUUCUUCCUGUCGCCAGAGUUGUACGACACCACACUGGACUACUUCAUCAAUGUGAGUACGCCCUGCAGCCCUGGCUCUCGGCCUGUGGGUGUUCGUCUGGAGGUGGGGGUGUUUGCCUCCCUGUGUCAGUACUUCAGUGAGAGCGAGAAGCAGUGGCGGACGGAUGGCAUGGUGCCCCUGGCAGAGACUAACGCCAGCAGAGCAGUUUGCCGCACAAGGCACCUCACCUCCUUUGCUGCGGGCCUGUUUGUGCCGACCAACGCCAUCAGCUUCAUAGCGCCAGAGCGUUCUGGUCCACCAAGCCUGGUCGUGCUGUUGGUGUGUGUGUUGGGCUUACUAAGUUAUGUUGUGGCAGCAGCCAUCUUGCACAAGUUGGACCAGCUGGAUCUACGCCGGGCCGGUGUGGUUCCACUCUGCGGCCAAGACGGUCUCUUCAAGUACGAGGUUCAGGUCAAGACUGGUUGGAGUCGAGGGGCAGGCACCACAGCUCACGUGGGAAUCAAUUUGUUCGGGCACGAGAGCCGCAGCGGACACCGACAUCUCGACAGCAGAGGAGCCUUCUCACGCAAUGCUCUUGAUAUCUUCCACAUUGCCACAGACUCAAGCCUGGGCAGUGUCUGGAAACUACGAAUAUGGCACGACAACAAGGGUCUGUCCCCAGCGUGGAUGCUACAGUACGUCUUGGUUAAAGACCUGCAAACAGGGAGCAGCUACUUCUUCCUGGUUGAGGAGUGGCUGUCCGUCGACAAUGAAAGAACCGAUGGACGAGUAGAGAUUGAGGUGGAGGCGUCAGAGGAGGCUGUGCUUCGCCAGGUGCCCCGCCUCGCGUGGUGCGAGUUGCAGAGGGCGCUGUGUGAGAGCCACCUGUGGCUGUCACUGUGGGAGAGGCCCCCCCGCAGCCCCUUCACCCGCCUCCAGAGAGCCACUUGCUGCACUGUGUUACUGCAGCUGUUUCUAUUGGCCAACACACUGUGGUACAGCAUCGUGGUGGACAAGAGACACAGCCCCCGGGCCGUGUCGAGGCUUUCCACAUUAAAUGGAGAGACUGUGGCAGCCGGUGUGGUGACCUGUCUGAUUGUCUACCCUCUAUACCUGCUCGUCUUCACUCUCUUCCGAAUGAGCCGAAGCAAGUGUGUGUCUGUGGAGCAGGUACCACCUCAAGUGGACCAGGAGUCUGUGGAGAUUGAUGACUUCCUCGAGAACUCAAUGGCUGGAAGUUCCUUCCUCUUUUAUAAUGGCGAGACCAAUUCAGAAGAAACCAAUGUCGAUUUGCCCACUCCAUCAACCAAAAGUGUGGAUAGUUGGACCAUGGCGGAGGAGGAGACGGAGGACAGGGAUUGGCCGGAGCUGUUGAGUGACGUGUCUGUGGUGGGAGGGGCGGGACAUGGAGCGGGACUUCCCAGACUGAAGAGGGGUCAGGGGAGCAGGCACCUGGGUGUCGACAUGACCUUUAACCCUGACGAAGACGAGGGCACUGACCAACGCAACAAAUAUUUCACCUCCUCAGAUGAGGAUCUAAUCAAACACAUCCUGACAGACGGGCAGAACUUCUUUCCUCAGGCCGAUGAAAGUGAGAUGGCUGACCUGUCGAGCAUUUUUGGAGACAAAACUGAAGUGAUUCUCCUCCAGAAGCUGAAUGAGCCUCUUCCUCUAGAAUCUGUCAGAAGGGACCCACCAAAAACUGCUUUCACCUCUAAAACAGUUGUGACAGACGUAUGUCGUCCCAGGCGGUUCCCUCCCUGGUGUGGUCGUGCCACCCUGUGGGGCAGCUGGGCGGGAAUCGCCCUGGCGAAUGCCGUUUCGAUUUGGGCGGCCCACGGGUUCAGUCAAAAUGUGGCCAUGAUGUGGCUCAUCUCCUGUUUUGCCAGUUUCCUGUGCUCAUGCCUGCUGUUGGAGCCAAUCAAGGUGCUGUGUGAGGCAGUGUACUAUGCAGUGUUUGUGCGUCGCCUGCGUCCAGAGGACCAGGACGUGCUGGUGGAGUUUCCCCGUGUGGAGAGAGUGGUUCAGAGGGUCCCCAGGGUGAGACCACCGCAGGGCUUUGCUCUGUCCCAAGCACGGCACCAGGCCCGCAAGGUCCACAUGCUGCACACCAUGCUGAAGAAUUUCCUGGUUUAUAUGUUUUUCCUGUUGGUGGUUUUACUUCUCAACUACUCUGACUCCGCCAAAGACACACACAGCCUGAGACUGCGCAAUCAGCUGCAACAAGCCCUACACACACCUGAGUAUCACAACAUCCACAGCCGAGAUGAGGUUUUCAUGUGGCUGAAUGAGUCCCUGUUGCCACGGUUACUGGAGGACUCUGCUCUCCUGAGAGACACAGGAACUGUGUUACUUGGCACCCUGAGGCUGCGACAAGUCCGUGACACACAGGUUGCAGGUGGUGCGUGGGCAGGAGACAGUGUUUGGAGUAAGGGCUGGUUUACCCCUCUAAAUAAAGAUGCUGAGAAUUUCACCGAUUUUGGUGCUAGCCAUGCAAAUGGGGUGUGGCGUUUGGGUCAAGUGAGGGUGCAUAACAGCGGUGAUGUGGUCCAGCAGCUGAACCGGAGCCUGGAGGAGGCCUCUUCCUCCUUACAGCAGCUGAGGCAGCUGCACUGGCUCGACUUCAGGACUCGCGCAGUGUUUGUGGAGUUCUCACUCUACAACAUCAACACAAACCUCCUGGCUGUCUUCUCCUUCCUGUUUGAGUUCCCGGUUUCUGAGCGUGCCCUGUCCAGUCUUGACCUCCAUGUCAUCACUCUGUGGCCAAUCAUAAGCCUGGACCUGCAGCUCCUUCUCACGAUCAUUCUCCUCAUCCUGGUGUUGUACUUCCUGGUGCGGGGGAUCUUGGGCUUCCUCAGAGAGGGCUACAGGUACCUGCUGUCAGCCUGGAGACUCCUGGGCGUCUGUAAACUGACGCUGGCAGCAUUUGUGUGCGGGCUGCACCUGAGCCGCUGCACCAUGGCCAAGAAUCAGUGGACGUUGUACAUGAAGCACCCGCGGGACGCCUUCACAGAUUUCUACCCCCUGGCCAGGCAGAGCCAAAUGUACACAGUCAUGUCUGCAUGGCUGUUGUUCAUUCUGGUGCUCAAGGCGUCCCACCAGUUGCGGUUUCUCCGAGAGUGGGCUGUGUUUGGCAGAGCUCUGCGGCGCUCGGUCUGGGAGCUGCUGGGAGUCGCCCUGGCAUUACUGCUGUUGAUGCUGGCCUACUCACACACAGGACACCUGCUCUUCCACUCUGUACUGGACGGCUAUGACAGUGUGAGCUCCGCCGGUCUGUCUCUGUUGGGUGCCGGUGGGCGAGGCCUGUUAUCGUGGCGACCCGGCUGGACGAUUACCGGACCCUCUAACACAGUCUCCUCACUGGUAUUCCACGCGAGCUUCGCUGUAUUUCGGCUGGUGUUGCUUUGGUUGAUCACUUCCGUGCUCCUGAGGAAUUACCGCCGCGCGCGAGCUGAGCUGUACCGGCCCGCUGUGGAUCUGCAAGACUACGAGAUGGUCGAGCUGUUCCUCAGACGACUCAAAAUGUGGAUGGGACUCAGCAGGGCCAAGGAGUUUCGUCACAAGGUGCGUUUCGAAGGCAUGGAGCUGCCACCGUCCCGCUCUUCGUCCACCAGCGACUGUAAGUCCCUGUGCUUGCCACCACUGGAUGGUCCCGACUCUCCUCCCACACCAGACAGUGUUGACGCUGGCUCCGAGGCCUCGUGGCGCCCGGCCUCUUCCAGCCCCUGCAGUCUGACAGAAGCCCCAGGGAUCGGCUUGGGGCUUGGCUUGGGCCUGGGUUUGGGCCUUGGCCCCAGAGUGGUGGUGGGCGGUACCAGUUGGAGGGAGAGGGCAGAGACUGAGGCCUCUCUGAGGAGGCUGCUUCCUACCCUGGAUGCCCUGCUGCAACAGCUUGAUCGCGUCACCAUGGCAACAGAGGAUCUGUACCACAUCGAGUGUAGACUGGAGCGAGCCCAGAGGAAAAGGAGGCGUAGAGGGAGAGAGAGAGGAGGAGGUGGUGGCCAGAGAGGGAAGGGUGACGACAAGGACUCUGCUGGAUGGAGAGAGCGGAAGAGUGGCAAAGAAAAACACAAAGGGAGCAAGAAGGGGAAAAAGGACUGUGGAAACACUGCUGCCAACCCAAAAAAGACUCCUGUAGCCACACCGGUUCCCUUUUUGAAGCCCAGACCAACCUUGGCUUCGACACACACCCCUGCUCCUCAGUCAUCAGCCAAACCCUCAGUCAGUGCACCACCACCCACACCAGUCUCAGAUAAGUCUGCUUCUGACUCCUCCUCCCUCCCCGUCUCGACAGCAAACACUCCCCCUACCCAUGUCCCAAUGCCCAAGACACCAACUGCACCUCCAUGUACCCCUGCGCCUUGUCUGCCUUCCACUCCUGCCUCUACACCCAUCACCCGGGACUGGGACCCUCCCAGAGAGAAAGAGACCCUCCCCGCCUCCAGCCUGUUCAACCACCCCGCUCACACAACCACCAUUCCCACACGCAAGCGAAAACGCAAGCCUCCGCCACUCAAAAAUAAGGUGCACCCCAACUUAGACAGGCACGGCUCCGGACACCCCAAAUCCUGAGGACUCUGAAUGGGGAGAAGAACCAAAGUGAGAGGUGGAGAGAAAGAAUGUGGGAGCAAAUGUUGGGUUAAGGACGAGAGGAGGACGGGGGCAGCAGGUUUUGUCCCCAGGUGUCCCUCUCUAAACCCAGGAAAUGGAGGAACAGAAGAACCACAGAGCAGUUUGGGGAAAUGAAAGCUGAGCAGAGAGCAAAAAGACAGAGAUCCGUCCAAACUCCACAGUCAAGGUGCAGGUCACCUGAUGAAACCAAGAAACGCUCUCUAGCCCACAUCUCCCACAGACCUACACUAACCCCUGACCCCACGCGGCCCUGGAGGUCACCUGGGGUCACCGACAGGAGCACAUGAGUGUGUUCACCCGAGGACCGAACCGACUGAGAGCAGACAAUGCAGUCAGGAUGUGUGGAUUUCUCAGUUAUGUCGUCUGUCUACAUAUUUUUAUAUUUUAUAUUUCGGUUACCAUGGGUACUCGUGGCCUGUCUGACAAAAAAAGUCGUGUUUUAUGGUUUUCAACCCAAAUUUGCAUGCAGGCACACACAGAUAUACGCACAUGCAGGUUGACAUAUGCAUAGAAAAUGAACACUGUAGGCGCAGACGUGCUAAUGGUAAUGUGUCGUACACUUCAGCCCACUGAACAAGCGGAACAAAUCUCUCACACGCACACACAACAUUGUACUUCUAUCGUAGUGAGGACACUCAUCGGUACAAUGCAUUCCCUAGCCCCUUACCCUAACCCCCACCUAAACCCAAUUCAACCCCAACCCUAAUACCAAGUCUUAAUCCUCAAACAACCUUUUGAAGGCAAGUCAGAAAGUGAGUCAAGAUGUCCUCGCUCCAUCAGACCUGGACUCAUGAUUAUAUCCAAUCUCAUCUCCUCUGGUCUGAACGAAGGAACUAGAUGAAAGAUGAAGUGAAGCCUUGAGCAGUGACAAGAGCGAGCAGCAUGUUGUCGUGGGACACAGAUCAAAGAAGCGAGGGCGCGUUAUAAAGAGCAGGUAGAGAAGGAUCAUAUGGUGCUCAUUGAAGCUUUUCAUUCACUUAUAUACAGUACUGAAUAUUUACACUAAUUCUCCCAUCAUAAAGCUAUAUGACUCCCGGUCCAAAUGUCUUGUAAAUGUUUUUUAAAAAAUUUUUUUAUUGCAUUGUGUUCAAUAUGGUUGUGAUUUCAAAGCACUUUUGUUCAGAGGUGGAGGUGUGGUGUUAAAGUUAUAAGCUUGGUAUCCAAUAGAGAAAAGCUUCACCCAUACUGUAUCUUGACUAUAAACGUUGCCAAAGCUUUUGCAUCAUGCCUCAUGUAUCCUGAGUUGUUACCGCGCCGAGUAAUUCAUUCGUUCAUGUCGUACUUAGCACUUUAUUUUCUGAUGGAGCUGAUAACCAACACCAUAUUUAACGCUCAUGUCAUUAUAGAGACAUUCUAGUAAGCAUGAUCAAGGUAUCAAAUCAGUAGUUUGCAGUUAUGUUUUUGUGCUUUUGUCUGGUCUUUGUAGUGUUGUUGUUUUUUGUCUUUGUUUCGAUUAAGCGUACAGUACGUACAUACUUCCUGUGUUCAGUGGGCAGAUCUCAGGGAACCCACCCUUUCCCCAAAACCUGGACAGCCGACCAGGAAAACUAAAAAAAACUUUUCACUCAUCACAGGACAAAUCCUGCCACUGACCGUUACUUCCAGCCUGUUUCAGACUCCUGUUUCAGACUCCUGUUUCCUUCUCUCAGUCAAAAAGUGGAUAUUAUGUCGCGGCCCCGUUUUCAUGGGUGGUCAAAGGAUAUGGAAGAGGAGUGAUUUUGCAGCGGUACUAAUGGAAAUACCACAGUGUGGUGGAGGCCCCGUUUCCUCCAACUUCAAAGCAGACCCACCAUUACACAGCACAGAGCAGAAUGUUCAUCCUGAACGGUUUCACGUUGAACACUAAUCGCACAUAUUUCUGAGCAACUAAGUUGUGUAGAGUUUCAGGAUCUGACAGAAAGGAAUGGAAAAAGGCCCGUCGUCUUCUGUGUGUGUACAUUUGUGUAUAUAUUGGUGCUGUGUGGUGUAUAUAUUUUUGCUUUUCCAUGAUCAGUAUUGUUUUUGUGCUGCAGCGGCGUAUCCAUAAUGUCAAGCACUGGUGUUGCAAAUUCCAAAGUUUUACAUUUCUCCAGUCUAACUGAAGCACUUCAGCCAAAGCUAUCAACGUAUUUAAUAUAAACCGUUGUUCACAAUAUGUCAAGUAGAAACCACAGGAGGCCUAGCAGUAAACCGGGGAUGGCUCCCGUGUGUACAGUAACAACAAAGUGCCAAAGCCGACCUCUCUGUCCUCCAGCUGCCUUUGUGUCGUACGAUGCAUUUUGUUUUAAAACAGUGUUAAACAUUUGUCUUUGAAAAUAUUCGUCUACGCUCUUUUGUAUCUUAUAUCUCUAUUUGCAGCACUUCUCAUGUUUUUGCACUUGACAAAGUCAAAUAAAGAGUUUGACAGCU